AUGAGGACAGCAAAUAUUCUUAUGAUUACUCGUGCGAUUUCUUCAAGGCAACGGAAAAAAUGCAUCGAUGAAAGUAAAUCGCUCACUCAAAUAGAGCAUAUUACAGAUAAUGAGAAUAUUGCAUCGCAGCCCUCAAUAACACAGCUAACGAUGGCAGAUGUCAAAAAACGUCUAAAAAAAUAUCGGGAAGAUUUUUUCGAAGAACAAAUAGAUACAAUUAGUGAGAAACAAAAAAUUAUGGACGACAAAAAAAUUUUUAAAAUCACAAAAAAACCUGAAGUUAGUGAGGAACACAUUUUGGAAGAAACUGAAAAAGUUACAAAUAUUUAUGAUGAAAAGCAGGAAGAAACAUUCGAACCUGUAAUUAAGAAGGAAAAAAUCUUCGAAGAGAAACUUCCUAAACAUGAAGAAGUUGAAUACGAAUAUGAAGCUGCUCGUGAACUUGCUAGAAGUCCCGAAGUUAGUGAAGAAUCUAUUCCGGAAAAGAUUAAGGAAGUUGCUGUUGCUCUUGAAGAAAAACCAGAGGAAAUAAUUGAACCAUUAGUAAGUAAAGAAAAGCUUUUCGAAGAAGAGAUAGAGAAAAUUCCCCGAAAGGAAGAAGUUGAAUUUAAAUAUGAAUAUGAAGUUGAAUAUGAAUAUGCUGCUCGUGAACUUGCUAGAAGUCCCGAAAAAAUUCCUGGAAAGGAAGAAGUUGAAUAUGCGGUCGAUGUUUACGCAAAAGCUGUAAGACCUGAAGUUAGUGAAGAAUUUAUUCCGGCAGAAGAAGAAUUUGAGCCUGUAAUAACUAAAGAGAAGAUUUUCGAGGAAGAGCUAAUGAAAAUUCCUGGAAAGGAAGAAAUUGAAUAUGAAUAUGAAGCUGCUCGUGAACUUGCUAGAAGUCCCGAAGUUAGUGAAGAAUCUAUUCCGGAAAAGAUUAAGGAAGUUGCUGUUGCUCUUGAAGAAAAACCAGAGGAAAUAUUUGAACCAUUAGUAAGUAAAGAAAAGGUUUUCGAAGAAGAGAUAGGGAAAAUUCCAGGAAAGGAAGAAGUUGAAUAUGCGGUCGAUGUUUACGCAGAAGCUGUAAGACCUGAAGUUAGUGAAGAAUUUAUUCCGGCAGAAGAAGAAUUUGAGCCUGUAAUAACUAAAGAGAAGAUUUUCGAGGAAGAGCUAAUGAAAAUUCCUGGAAAGGAUGAAUAUGAAUAUGAAUAUGCUGCUCGUGAACUUGCUAGAAGUCCCGAAGUUAGUGAAGAAUCUAUUCCGGAAAAGAUUAAGGAAGUUGCUGUUGCUCUUGAAGAAAAACCAGAAGAAAUAUUUGAACCAUUAGUAAGCAAAGAAAAGCUUUUCGAAGAAGAGAUAGAGAAAAUUCCUGGAAAGGAAGAAGUUGAAUAUGCGGUCGAUGUUUACGCAAAAGCUGUAAGACCUGAAGUUAGUGAAGAAUUUAUUCCGGCAGAAGAAGAAUUUGAGCCUGUAAUAACUAAAGAGAAGAUUUUCGAGGAAGAGCUAAUGAAAAUUCCUGGAAAGGAAGAAGUUGAAUAUGAAUAUGAAGCUGCUCGUGAACUUGCUAGAAGUCCCGAAGUUAGUGAAGAAUCUAUUCCGGAAAAGAUUAAGGAAGUUGCUGUUGCUCUUGAAGAAAAACCAGAGGAAAUAUUUGAACCAUUAGUAAGUAAAGAAAAGGUUUUCGAAGAAGAGAUAGGGAAAAUUCCAGGAAAGGAAGAAGUUGAAUAUGCGGUCGAUGUUUACGCAGAAGCUGUAAGACCUGAAGUUAGUGAAGAAUUUAUUCCGGCAGAAGAAGAAUUUGAGCCUGUAAUAACUAAAGAGAAGAUUUUCGAGGAAGAGCUAAUGAAAAUUCCUGGAAAGGAAGAAAUUGAACGCGAUGUUGUAGGUAUCGCUGAACUUACAAGUGCCGUAAUUAGUGAAGAAUCUAGUUUAGUUGUGUUUAAGCAUGCUGCAGAUGAUUUUGGAAAAAGAGUGGAAGAAAUAUCCGCGUCUUUGGUUGGUGCAGUUUUGGAGGGAAAGCUUGAAUUAUCCUCUGGACGAGAAGAUGCUGAAAUUGUGUUUUGCGAUUUUGAUAGAAGUCGUGAGUUUAGUGAUGACUCAAUUCCUGAUGAAUCAAGUGAUAUUAUUGUUCAUGAGCGAUUUGCUAGUACAAUUGACUUUGAUGAACAGACGGCAGAACAGAAUGCUCGAGGCCUAACGACUGAACCAACUAUACGAGAAAGUGAUGGAAAUGAAGAAGAUAACGGCGAACCUCUAGCGUAUUCGGAAGAUAAUACAGGAACUCGAGAAACUCGAGAGGAAGACAUGACAGAAAGAGAAAAAUUAUUACUAAUUAGAAAUGCCAAAAGCAAUGAAGAAAGUAUAUCAUUUGGAGAAAAACUAAAAAGUUUUGGAAAAAGAACAGGGAUAGUUAUUGGUGGAGUAGUUGCAGCUCCCAUAGCACUAGCAGCUCUAAGUACAAAGUUAGCUUACGAUUAUGCAACAAAGGAAUCUGAAGAGGAAAAAUUGGUCCCUGAAAGGGAAUAUGAAAAACAGAUAUUCCCCGAACGUAUAAAGGAAACUGGCAUCAGUGAGGAACCUAGUCCGGAUAAGACUCGAUUAGUUACCACUUUUGAUAGAAAACCAAAAGAAGAAACAAUGGUUCCCAGAACGGAAAAACAGAUUUCUGAUGAAGAACUGGAUCUGAGAGGUACAAAAGAUGUAGAAGAAAGUGAAUAUGAAACGCCAGUUUUCGAAGAGGAAUUAAUUAGGAGAACUGAAAUCAGUGAGGAACCUAGUCCGGAUGAGACUCGAUUAGUUACCACUUUUGAUAGAAAACCAGAAGAAGAAGCAAUGGUUCCUAAACCGGAAAAACAGAUUUCAGAAGAAGAACUGGAUCUGAGAAGUACAAAAGGUGAGGAAGAAAGUGAAUAUGAAACGCCAGUUUUCGAAGAGGAAUUAAUUAGGAGAACUGAAAUCAGUGAAGAACCUAGUCCGGAUGAGACUCGAUUAGUUACCACUUUUGAUAGAAAACCAGAAGAAGAAGCAAUGGUUCCUAAACCGGAAAAACAGAUUUAUGAGAUUUCUGAUGAAGAACUGGAUCUAACAGGUAGAAAAGAUUUAGAAGAAAGUGAAUAUGAAACACCUGUCUUCGAAGAGGAAUUAACUAGGAGGAUUGAAAUCAGUGAGGAACCUAGUCCGGAUGAGACUCGAUUAGUUACCACUUUUGAUAGAAAACCAGAAGAAGAAACAAUGGUUUCUAAAUCGGAAAAACCGAUUUCUGAUGAAGAAAUAGAUCUUGAGGGCCAGAGAGAUAUUGAAGCAAGUAUUACGAAUGUUUUUCAUGAAUCGAUAAGGACAACUGAAAUUAGUAGGAAGCCCAGUCCAAAAAUAAUAAUGGAAAACGCAGAGUUUAUUCCAGGUGAAGCUGAAGAGAAAGAUGAAUUUGCAGUGAUAUUACCGGGAUUUUCUUACGAGAGGAUGAAGGAUAGGUCGAGUUAUGAUAAAGAUUUUCCUCUUGAUUUCCAUGAACAAGAACAAAGCACUUCUGGCCUAGAAUAUGGAAAUGAAAUGGACAAAAUUCAUGAUUAUGCAAGCAUGGAACCGAGUUAUUCUGGAGAAGGAUUCCAGAGGGAUGAUGAAUUAGAUGUAAAAGAGCAAGAGCAUCUUCCAUCUUCGUUUGGUGAAAAAUUAAAAGAUUUUGCGAAGACUGCAGGUAUGAUGGCAGGAAGCGUAAUUGCUGCACCUGUUGCAUUAACCGCUGUUGGAGCUUCAAAAGUAUACGAUUAUGCAAAGAAAGCUAGGCAUUCUGAACCAUUGCUUGAAGCAGAUAUGGAAGGACGUGAAGAGAUUUUAGAACGUGAUGUCGACGUGGCUAAAGGAAUAGCGGCUAUUUCUGCUGAUUUCACCGAAUCUGAAGACACUGAAAAAUAUAGAACAUCGGAACCUGAAGAAGAAAUGGAAGAAGGAACGUGGCCAUCAACGGCCACUUUACCGAUUUCUAUAAGUUUAGAUCGAUAUGAAGAAGAUGAGUCCAAAAUAGCUGUAAAACCAAGUGAAUUCGAUAAAGUUCGUUUACCUCAUUUUGUGAAUGAUCAAAAAAUUCAAAAAUACGAAAGCGAAAUACCUCAAGAAGAAAUUUACUUUCCUGAAAUUCCUGGAAAAGAAUCUGAACAACAAAAAUGUAAGCAAUUUGAAAAGUUUUAUGAAGACGAAUAUGAUACUACUAAGAUGAUUUUCACUGAUAAAGUAAUCAAUGAAAAAGAAGAACGAACCGAUACAGAGGAAGAUACUGAACGUAUGUCACCGUUUGAAAUUAUUGAUAAAACUGAUAUUCCAAUCAGUGAUGAACAAUUAUUUGAAGAAAGAAAAAUACUAGAAACUGAUGAUUUUUACGAUGAAACUUUUGAAAAAAUUGAAAAAGACGAAAUUCAAGACGAGAAAAAAGAUGAAUCGCAAUAUCUUACUGAAAUUCAAUUUACUGAUAUUAUUGAUAAAGCAAUUGAUAAGGAUUUUGAUGAGAAAAGCGAUAAUGAAUCGGAAAUUUCAUCAAUUAUUCUAAAUCGUGUUAUUAAUUUAUGUGCAAAACAAUUAAUUGAUGAAGUAUUAAAAGAAAUUAGUGAAUUAUUUUUUGAAAAUGAUGAAAAUGAAUUUUAUGCAAUAACAACAAAAAGUUGUUCAAGUAAAAUUAUCGAACACGAAGAUGAUUAUCAAACGGAUUUACAAGAAAAACUCGAUUUAUUAGCUAUGGAAAGUCAAAAAAUACAUUUUAAUAGUUUUGAUAAAAAUUUUAAUGAAUCCAUUCGAAGUGAAAUCGAAAAAGAGAAAGUAGAUGAAAUUUAUAGUAGUGAAAUUAGUGAAAUGAUAAAUGAUAUAAUACAAAAAGCCGAAGAAAAUUUGUCGAAUUCCGAUUCAGCAACAUUUAAAACGGCUAUUUCAACGAAUUAUGAGACUUGUGUCACCUCACAAGAUGAUACAUUCGAAACAGCGCUUGGCUCACAAGAAUCGGAUUAUACAACAGCUCCUAGUGGCGAUAGUGAUAUAAGUGAUACGAGAUAUGGAAGUGUCACACCAAUUGCAAUGGUAUCACCUGUACAAUCUGAUAGAAAUUUUAUUGCAUUACAAGAUAUUGAAGAUUUUAUUCCAACUAAUUCAAAAAGUUCCACGCCAGAUGCACAUGAGAUAGUACUUAUGACAACGGAUGAUUAUGAAGAAGAUGAUGAUGAAAAAAUUCAUUCAGCUGUAAGUGGAUCUUUAAUUGCACCACGUAUGGAUCCAGGAAGACCAAUUUCACCAAUACCACCACCUGCUUUAAUCGAAGAAGAAGAGAAUGAUAUUGAUAUCGUUGAAACUAUGAAAAUUGCUUAUCAUUUCCAGAAACCUCAAGUUGCUGAAGAUGCUACGAUAGAAAAGUAUCCAUCUCAAGAGGAAAGCUUCAUAUCGAAGGAUAUCCCCAUUGUUACUUCGAUGAGUACCACAGAAAAGUCUCAAAUUAUAAAGCGGAUACCAUCAGAUGAUAUGAUUCAUGAAAAAGCAAUGGAUUUAGAAAAAGAUCUAAUUCGUCGAUAUUCUGAUAUUUCGUCAUCAAGUCGUGCAGAUACGGUGAUUUGUAAAGAUAGUGUUGAACCUCAAUCGACUAGUAAUAUUGAUCAAAUUACAUCAACAGCAAUCACUGAUAUGCCAUGUGAUUCAUUAGAUUCACUUGAUAAAAUCUCUAUAAAAAGUAGUAGUAGUAGUGGUAAACGUUAUAGUACAUCUCGACGAAGUAGUAAUGGUUCACGAAAGAGUCCAUUCGAAGAACCACAAACAUUUAUUGAACGUCUUACACCUGAACUUAAAAUUAUUUUCACCGAAAAUGAUCAAGAAUCAUCAAAAUCACCACCAAUAAGUUGCCUUUCACCUGAACAAGAAUUUGAUAAUUAUUCAUCGAAAGAUUUAUCAGUACAUACUUCUGAAAUUCAAUUAGAAACAGUCGAUGAAGAACCUGAGGAAAUUGAUUCGCUAAAUGGACGAAGUGGUUCCUCUUCAAAUGGUCAAACAAUUGAUUCGAUUAUUAUGGCUAAAUAUAAGCAUAUUUCAAGUGAUAAUGUUUCAGAAACAAGUUUACAAGAAUUUGAAAGAAUUGAAAGAGAUGUUAUGAAUAAAGGUGAAUCGAGUUUAAGUGGAAGCGAAAUGGAACUUUAUAUUGCUAGUAAAUUAAAAACAACAACAAAUGGUUCAACAAGUUCAUUAGCUGAAUUUGAGCGUUUAGAACGAGAAGUUAGCGAAAUAUCACCACAAGAAGAAAUUAUGAUUCUUUCGGAUAUACGUGAAGAAUCUGAAAUUGAAUCGGAAAUGAGUACGCAAGAUGAUGAUGACGAUGAAUCUGAUUCGAUACCUGAAGUUAAAUCAAUUCCAGUAAGAGAUGAUACAUUAGUAAUUACACCAAUCGCUUCACCAACUGAUAGUAUUGAAAAAGAUUUUGUAAAUGUAAUUCCAGAAUUACUUGAAACGAGUACAGAUUCAUUAGAACUUUGCUCAUCAUCAAUGAUUUCUCAUUUUAUUCCUAUUGAUAAACAUUUAUCAACUGAUUAUGAAAUAAUUGAUAAAACACGUGAAAAUCUACAUGAUUCACUUGAAAAUAUCAUGCAAGAUAAAGAUUCUGUUCUUGAAGGAGCAAGUAGUCAAGAAAUGGCAAGUCAAGAUACUCAAUUAGUAUUAAGUGGUGAUACAUAUCAAGAAUAUCAAGAUGAGGAUAAAGAUUCGUUAGUUGGUGAUAUGGAUACUAUGUUAGGUGAAUAUCCGACAACUUUAACAACAUAUGAAACUGUACAAUUAAAAGAAGAUGGAUCAGUGGAAAAAAUUUAUAGACAGGUACUAACUCGUGUACGAGAUCCAAUUAUAAGUCAUGUUCAAUUCACUGGUACAGAAAAUGAACAGCGUUUACGUGAAUUAGUUCGUGAAGAAGAAUAUGAAACAAUGGAUUCAGAGGGUAAUGUGACAAGAACAAUAUUACAUCGUACUUCCAUACCAAAGAAAGAAGAUGAAGCAAAAAAAUGGUACGCCAAUGUAUAA